AUGACAGAAAUCCCCUUGCUGCAGACGCAUGCUGUUCCUCAGCUAAGCCCCAGGGCUCCUUUCGCGCCCGUUCCUUACCCAGUUCCCAAUGGCCGACCGGUGGCGGACGCUCCUCAGCCCGACGAAGAGCCCGUUUCCGACACAAUCAAGUGCAUCUGCGGCUACGAGGCCGAUGAUGGUAGCAGCGUCCUGUGCGAAGUGUGCAGAACAUGGCAGCACGUUCUCUGUUACUACGAUGACGAAGACCAGAUCCCUCGAGUCCACGAAUGCGCCGACUGCCAGCCGCGAGCCCUCGACCAAGCACGUAUCAAGGAGCGUCAGAAGGCCUUCAAGAAUAUGACCUACAUGAUCGAGAGGAAGCCGAAGCGUCCGGCCGCCAAGAGCCACAAGAAGAAGUUGAAGGACGUCAACGCCGCCGUCGCGCUCACCAACGGACACGCCGACGACACUCUUGCUGCCCUGGACCGCAAAAGCGGGAGCCCCAAAGACCACCAGCCUCCGUCGAAGCGGCCAAAGACCAACCACAAAACCUCAGGAUCCAUUUCGUCUCUCAAUCAGCCGGCUGCCGGGUCACGGAAGCGAGCUGCGUCUACCGCGCAGCCCGUCCACAGCCCGGUCAAGUCGCCUGGCCCUCCCAUCCCGACCGGCUAUGCGCCUGAUUACUUCUCGGACGAGUUCCUGCAACUCUACAAGCAUCCCGAAUACACCCAGAUCGAAGCGAACUCGUUCAGCGAUCUGGCGGUGACCAACAGCCUGCAGACUUGGCUCUGGGAUCCCGAGGCGACGAAGCAAGCUUCCGGAGGAAAGGCCCGCGAGCAGAUCUUCCAGCGGCACGAAGGCACCAUGAAAUCACUAGAGGAACACGGCCCCGUCCUGAAGGAGAAUACCGGUAUCGGCGCUAUUGCAACCGCACAAGGCCCUCACCCUACCUUCAAGUGGAUUACCGUCGAGUCUGAAGUUCCGUACGGUGGAUUCGUCGGCGAACUCAAAGGCCAGAUCGGAAGGAAAGAAGAGUACUGCUCGAAUCCGGAAAAUCGCUGGGGAUCCCUCCGGCACCCUACACCAUUCGUCUUCUUCGCUCCCUUCCUUCCGCUGUAUAUCGACACCAGGCACGAAGGGACUCUCCUGAGGUACAUUCGACGCAGCUGCAGACCUAACGUGCGCAUGCAGAUCCUGAUUACCGGCGAGUCCGAGUACCAUUUCUGCUUCAUCGCGCUUGAAAACAUUUACGCAGGCGAGGAAAUCAGUAUCGGCUGGGACAUCGACAAGGACGUCAAAAACGCACUCGAGGCGUCCCUUCAGAACGGCAACAUCCACGAGCGAGGUAUCCAAGAGGUCGAGGGAGUGUCGCACUGGGUCGCCGGCGUGCUCUCCAAUUUCGGUGGAUGCGCGUGCAAAUUGCCGAUUAUGGAGUGCCCUCUCGCCCUUGCCGACCGACGCAACGCACCCGCCAUACUCGCCUCGUCAAACGCACAACCGCUCAAGUCCAAGAAACCCAGGCGAAACGGCAAUCAGAACUCUCCUCUCAGCACCGGCCAGGCAACAAACAGUCGGGCGGGCAGCGAAGCACGAAACCGCCCCGACCACGACGACGAGAAUGCUGACAGUCGCUCGGUAUCCGGCUCAUCCCGUAGCAAACCGACCAGCCGAGACAUCACCCCGAUGACCCAUGUCUCAAACGAGAAUGCCGUCGGGCUGGGCGUGGAGAUGUCGGACCGAGAGAAGAGGAAGUUGAUGCAGCAGGAGAAGCUCUUCGAGCAACUCGAGCACGAUGAGCAACAUGCCCAGAGGAAGAGGAAAAGGAACAGCGCUGGAUCGGCCCUCAAUACCCCCAGUGUGGCAACUUCAAAGCAACUUGGCCAUUCAGAGUCAUCCUUCCCCUCCCCGGCUGUUGCGUCCAAAUCUCGGGCUGCAGACCCGAACUCUCGCUCGCAGAACAUGAACGGCCGUCGAUCGAAUAACUCGUCGCAUCAACGUCGGGCUGGCGCACGUGCGCCAAAAGAGGCUGUAGCGCCUAAGAAACUGGAAUACAAGGAUUCAAGCGUGCAGACCGAGCCGGACAAGGAGUUUCCGUCGCUGGUGCCUUGUGCCGCCGCGCGCCGGAAACCAAAGGGUUCCUUUUUGCGAUCGCUUUUGCACCGCACGCACGACGUCAGAGUGCACAGGGAACGAUCGGAAUCCGUACAAUGCAGCCCAUCUGCGUCGCAUUUACCAGACGACAGGAUGGAUGUGGACGAGCCUGCGUCAUCGGCUGCUGCAUUGGCUGCGAAACCGCAUUCUACCACCGAUUCCGCGACGGCGCCACCAAAGGCGGCCUCGCCUCCACUCAAAGCAGAGGAGGACGUGGAAAUGCAGGAUGCAAUCGCAGUUGCACCGGCCGAAGUCCCAAAGCAGGAAAAUGAACCCGUCUCACCGCGGACGGAUGCGCCUGCUGCAGAUCAACCUGCAAGACCCCCGUCGCAGCCCCCUCAAUCUGCAGUCCCGCCCGAGGAAGUAUCGCCAAGUAGCACACCAGCAUCCUCAAGCGCACCAACCAUGGAAUCGAAGGCCACUUCGCCCGGCUUGCGAGUUGAGCUCCAACCCGCACCAACACUUGAGACGCCUCGCGCUUCCGCCACAACACCUCCUCCCCCGUCUACCGCCGAUGCUCCUGCACCAUUGUCUCUCGUCACCGAAAAUAUCGCCGUCCCCACUCCAUCCGCUCCUACAAUAUCUCUAUCAUCUCCCGUUGACAUGGCACCGCCUUCGACCGUGGUUACCCCUAGCCCGGUACAACGCAAAGCCAAAAUGAGCUUGAGCGACUGGACUGCGAAGCGGAAAGCUAAACUUGAGGCGAAGAGCCAUGAUGGCGACAAAGGGGACGAGAAGGACAAGGACAAGGAUGCAUCCACUGAAGGAGACGUUAGAGACGACGACGACCGACCACCCAGUAGUUCAGACAAAAAGGAAGAGACUUCGGAGGCCAAGGUUGGCGAAGGCGCAUGA